AAUAAUAUCAAAUUUUGCUUUAUAUUUACCUAUAAAAUCAAUCAGUGUGUUGUUUUCACUAUAGAAAAUUAUAUGUUUAUAAGGUUAUGUCAGUGUUUAUGGUUUAUUAAUGAUUUUAGUAAAAAAAUUAUAGCAAAUUCUGUACAAUGAGCCCUAGCAUUACAACGCCGAUUUUAAAAAAUUUAACAGUGUCAAAUUAUGGACAACCUAAAGAAUCACAAAAUGAGAUUUUACGAACAUUAGGAACUCCACACAUUGAUUCUUUCAACUAUAUGCUCUAUGAAGGUUUGAAAACUGCUGUUUCGAAUUUAUUGAAACUUGAAUUUGUUUUACCAAAUGACGAUAAAGUUGCAAUACAAAUUGAAGAUGCUACUAUAUUUUCUCCAAAUGUUCCUGCAGGAACAGUCGGAGUUAAAAAUUCAAAAAUCUAUCCAACAGAAUGUAGACAGAGGGCAGCUACAUAUAAAGGAAAGUUUUUAAUUAAUGUGAAUUGGUGGUUGAAUGGUGCCAAAAUGGCUUCAUUUGAAAAGGAUAUGGGAGAAAUACCUAUAAUGUUAAAGUCGUCAAUGUGUCAUCUUAGUAAUUUAUCUCCGGCUGAAAUGAUAAAACAUAAAGAACAUGCCGAUGAAUGGGGUGGUUAUUUUGUUGUUAAAGGCCAUGAAAGACUUGUGCGUAUGUUAUUAUUAACUAGAAGAAAUUAUCCUAUUGCCGUUAAGAGAUCUGGUUGGAAGUCUAGAGGAGCAUUAUUUAGUGACUUAGGUCUAUUGAUUAGGUGUGUUACGGACGAUCAAACAUCCACAAAUAACACAUUACAUUUUGUGACUGAUGGUACUGCCAAACUUAUGUUUUCACACAAUAAAGUUAUGUACUAUGUGCCCGUGAUGUUAAUGUUUAAAUGUCUUUUGGGACAUACGGAUCAGCAAAUUUAUUGUAUUUUGAUGAGAGGACUAGAAGAUGAUCUAUACUAUUCUAGUUGUGUGCAAAAUAUGCUGCGCGCAGUUCAUGAGGAAGGUUUACAUACUCAAAAUCAGUGUUUGGAUUAUAUUGGUAAAAUGUUCAGGGAACGUUUUGAUGAAUUACCUCCUUGGUAUACAAAUAUAGAAGUUGCACAGUAUAUAAUCAAUGAAUGUGUUUUGAUUCAUCUAAAAUCAAAUAGACAUAAAUUCAAUAUGUUGGCAUUUAUGACACAAAAGCUAUUCAAAUUAUCUGAAAAUAAAUGCAAAAUAGAAGGAGCAGAUGCUGUUAUGAUGCAAGAAUUGAUGCUUGGUGGCCACCUGUAUCUUCAAAUUUUAAAAGAUAAAUUACAAACAUGGCUUUAUAAUGUGCGUUUGAAUAUAUUAAAACGAGCUCGAGCAAAAAUCGGAUUUGAAUUGAAUCAGAAGGAGAUCACUCAAUGUGCUAAAUUUGCUGGAGGCUUAGAAAAUAUUUUAGAAUCAUUUUUGUCUACAGGAAAUUUGUCCAGCAGAUCUGGAUUAGGUUUGACGCAGAAUACAGGUCUUACAAUAGUUGCUGAAAAUAUUAAUCGGAUGCGUUAUAUGUCUCAUUUUAGGGCUGUGCAUAGGGGAGCUUUCUUCACGGAAAUGAGAACCACAGAAGCUCGACAACUGCUGCCUGAUGCUUGGGGUUUUAUUUGUCCUGUGCACACACCUGAUGGCACACCUUGUGGGUUACUUAAUCAUCUUACCAUGGAUUGUCAGGUUACCAAUAUACCAGACCCAGAAAAACUAGCAAAUAUUGAAAUCAUGCUAAUUGAUGGAGGAAUGGUUCCAAUUGAUUCUGUAAUCCAUGUUGAUUACAAAAAUAGUUACAAAGUAAUUCUUGAUGGUCUUGUAAUUGGUCAUGUUGUUGAUGAUAGAGCGCAUGCAUUGGUGUCCAUGCUACGGGAGAAUAAAAUUUUAGGAAAUGACAUACCGCAUACAUUAGAAAUUGUAUUGGUACCUAAAAAGAAGGUUGUUGCUCAGUACCCUGGGUUAUUUUUAUUUACUGGUCCUGCUAGAAUGAUGCGUCCUGUGAUAAAUUUAUCUCUGAAACAAAUUGAACUUAUUGGUACAUGGGAGCAAGUUUAUCUCGAUAUUGCGGUUGUUGCCAAUGAGAUCUACCCAGGUGUUACUACGCAUUUAGAGCUUUCCAAAACAGCUUUCUUGAGCAAUCUUGCUAAUUUAAUUCCCAUGCCUGAUUGUAAUCAAUCUCCCAGAAAUAUGUAUCAAUGUCAGAUGGGUAAACAGACCAUGGGUACACCUUUACAUUACUGGCCACAACAAGCAGAAACAAAAUUAUAUCGACUUCAAACACCAGCUACACCUUUGUUUCGGCCUGUUCAUUAUGAUAAUAUUGAUUUAGAUGAUUUUCCAAUGGGAACAAAUGCUAUUAUAGCAGUUAUUUCUUAUACUGGUUAUGAUAUGGAAGAUGCUAUGAUAAUUAAUAAGGAAUCAUAUGAAAGAGGAUUUGCACAUGGAUCUGUAUACAAAUCUGAGUUUAUCACGCUUGAAGAUUCAUCUAGUUAUUUUUGCCGAGAUCCAAAUAAUAAGCAAUUAGUAGAUCACUUGGAUACAGAUGGGCUACCUCAUCCGGGAUCAAAAUUGAGUUAUAAAGUUCCAUAUUAUUGUUUUUACAAUGUCGAGGAGUCUAGAUAUAUAGUGAAAAGGUAUGAAUCAACAGAAGAUGCUUACGUAGACAAUAUAAGAUUGUGUGGUACAUUUUCUACUAUUGCUCCAAAAACAGCUUGCAUUACUAUAAGGAUAUCACGAAACCCGUCAGUUGGUGACAAAUUUGCUUCGAGAGCUGGUCAAAAGGGUAUUUGCUCUCAAAAAUGGUCAGCUCAGGAUCUACCUUGGACAGAAACUGGUUUAGUUCCUGAUAUUGUAUUCAACCCUCAUGGAUUUCCCUCUCGCAUGACAAUUGCUAUGAUGAUUGAAUGUAUGGCUGGAAAAUCUGCAGCCUUACAUGGCCUGGUACAUGAUGCAACGCCGUUUCGGUUUAAUGAAGAUGAUACGGCUAUUGAUUACUUUGGAAGACUUCUCGAAGCUGGUGGAUAUAAUUAUUAUGGAACUGAGCGUCUGUACUCAGGGAUAGAUGGCCGAGAAUUAAAUGCUGAUAUAUUUUUUGGAAUAGUACACUAUCAAAGGCUCAGGCACAUGGUGUCAGAUAAGUGGCAGGUGAGAUCAACUGGUCCCAUCGACGGAAUGACAAGACAACCUAUAAAAGGAAGAAAACGUGGAGGUGGUGUUCGUUUUGGUGAAAUGGAACGUGAUUCACUUCUUUCACAUGGAGCUUCAUUUUUACUUCAAGAUAGAUUGUUUCAUUGUUCAGAUAAAACCACAGUUUUAAUUUGUCAGAACUGCUGUACACUCCUAGGGCCUAUGACUGAAGUAUCUCUUGAUGUUGCAGGGGCUAGAAGUAGUUGUGAUAAAUGUAGGAUGUGCGGAGAUAAAGGAAAGGUUCAUUCUAUACAAAUUCCUUACAUAUUUAAAUAUCUUGUUACACAAUUCAGUUCUGUUAAUAUCAAUGUUAAAGUUAAAUGUAAAGAAACAUAA